UGAACUGAGCUGAACUGAAUGAACUAGGCUACGCCGAGUAAAGCUGGACUGAACUGAGCUGUGCCAAGCUGAGCUGAGCUGAACUGAGCCAAGUUGCGGGGGCAGCAGGAAGAAGAAGAAGAUCUCACCAUAUCAAGGACUCAAGCAAAACAACAACCUGCCGCAACCUGGCCACACACUAACAAAAAGUUGUUCUGACUUUUACAGUCACCCUAGACUUUUGUGAAGGGGGCUGAUGGAAACUCAUCACUCCACACUGCCUGGUAAGAGAGAAGAUACUCAAGCAAGGGGCUACGUUUUGAUUUCUCAAGUUUUACUCUCUCCUUGAUGGUCUUGCCUCCUGUCUUCUUGAACAGACUGUCCAAGUUCUAAAGUCAGCCCAGCAAGAACAGUAAUUCUCAUCCUUUCAAGUGAUAAAAUCCUUUCCAUGUUGUCCAGAACUGUGAUGAAAAUAGAAGCCCUUCUUGCCAAGGACUGAACUUGUCUGUCAGGAGAAUACCAUUUACAGGACUUGUCAUGUCUCCCUUUCUGCGUAUUGGUUUAUCCAACUAUGACAGUGGCCCUUACCUGCCAUCCCAGGGGGAGGUGAUUAACCCUUACUGUGCUGUGAUGGUUAAAGAAGCUGUGGAGUCAGAAAGUGGCCAAGUGUAUGUGCAGAAGAAGCCUACCAUGUACCCACCCUGGAACAGUACUUUCGAUGCCCAUAUCAACAACGGCAGGGUCAUGCACAUCGUCGUCAAGGACAAAAGUGCUGAAAUGGUUUCAGAGACCACGGUGGAACUCAAGGUGCUGGCAGAGAGGUGCAAAAAGAGCAAUGGCAAGACAGAGAUAUGGCUAGAACUGAAACCUCAAGGGCGAAUGCUGAUGAAUGCAAGAUACUUCCUGGAAAUAAGCGAUGCAAAGGACCUGGCUGACUGUGAGACCGAAGGCUUUUUCUCCUUGCACCAGCGCAGGGGAGCCAUCAAACAGGCCAAAAUCCAUAAUGUCAAGUGUCACGAGUUCACAGCCACCUUCUUUCCACAACCCACCUUCUGCUCUGUCUGUCAUGAGUUUGUAUGGGGUCUGAAUAAACAAGGCUAUCAAUGCAGACAAUGUAACGCUGCCAUUCAUAAGAAGUGCAUUGAUAAAGUAAUAGCCAAGUGUACAGGAUCAGCAAUCAAUAGCAGAGAAACAAUGUUCCAUAAAGAAAGGUUCAAGAUAGACAUGCCUCACCGCUUCAAAGUCUACAACUACAAGAGCCCAACUUUCUGUGAGCACUGCGGCACGCUCCUCUGGGGCCUUGCGCGGCAAGGAUUGAAAUGUGAUGCAUGUGGCAUGAACGUCCAUCACAAGUGCCAGACAAAAGUAGCAAACCUUUGUGGUGUUAACCAGAAACUAAUGGCCGAAGCUCUGGCAAUGAUAGAGAGCACCCAGCAGGCUCGCUCUCAGCGUGACACUGAACAGAUCUCCAGGGAUGGACCUCUUGAAAUUGGCUUCCCAGUUCCUGUGAAGGAGGUGACACCACUUCAGGCACUGCCAGCAUCCACAACAGGAAAAAAAGAACCGCAGGGCAUCUCUUGGGAGACUCCAGUGGAAGACACAAUGAAGGGGGAGUCUCUGAUAGAGUCAGACUUGGGAGGAGAACAGCCCCAGGAGCAGCAGGAGCACCAAAUGCAGCUAAAACUAACCAUCGAAGAUUUUGUUCUGCACAAGAUGCUGGGGAAGGGCAGUUUUGGGAAGGUAUUCCUCGCUGAGCUGAAAAGCACAGACCAGUAUUUUGCUGUAAAAGCCCUGAAGAAGGAUGUGGUGCUAAUGGAUGAUGAUGUUGAAUGUACGAUGGUGGAGAAGAGAGUCCUCUCCUUAGCUUGGGAGCACCCGUUCCUGACUCAUGUGUUCUGUACGUUCCAGACCAAGGAAAACCUCUUUUUUGUGAUGGAAUACCUCAAUGGAGGAGACCUCAUGUUCCAUAUCCAGAGUUGUCAUAAGUUCGACCUUCCCAGAGCAACGUUUUAUGCUGCUGAAAUCAUAUGUGGGCUCCAAUUCCUCCAUUCCAAGGGGAUAAUAUACAGAGAUUUGAAGCUAGACAAUGUCCUCUUAGACAAUGAGGGGCACAUCAAAAUUGCUGACUUUGGGAUGUGCAAGGAGAACAUGUUCGGAGAUGCGAAGACAAGUACUUUCUGUGGGACUCCUGACUAUAUCGCUCCUGAGAUAUUGCUGGGGCAGAAGUACAACACCUCCGUUGACUGGUGGUCUUUUGGUGUCCUCUUGUACGAGAUGCUUAUUGGCCAAUCUCCUUUUCACGGCCAAGAUGAAGAGGAGCUUUUCCAGUCUAUCCGUAUGGAUAACCCAUUUUACCCUCGCUGGCUUGACAAGGAUGCGAAGGACAUUUUGGUGAAGCUUUUUGUGAGAGAACCUGAAAGGAGACUGGGAGCAAGAGGGAACAUACGCCAACAUGCCUUUUUCCGAGAAAUAAACUGGGAGGCUUUAGAAGAAAGAAGGAUGGAGCCUCCUUUCAAACCAAGAGUGAAAUCUCCAAGUGACUGCAGCAACUUCGACAAGGAAUUUCUCAAUGAAAAACCUAGACUGUCGUGUGCCGACAGAGCACUGAUUAACAGCAUGGACCAAAAUAUGUUCAGCAACUUUUCUUUUGUGAACCCUAAAAUGGAGAAAAUAUUUUCCUGAGAUCUACCUUACCGAGGGAAUUCUCAGUAGUGGUUUGAGUAACACUUUGUCAACUGAAGACUGUAUCGUGGUUAAUUUUAUCAAGAACCCGACAGAAAAAUGCCACGAUUAAACAUUUUACCAUGCCUGGAGCUUAUUCCAGUCUGUGGCAGAUGCCAGCCACUCAUUCAUUAAUGAUGAAGAUUCUUCAUGGUAUCUUUUAGUCUGUCUUCUCCCUUUUCACAAUGUUCUCGAAGUUGAGAGCAUCUGAAAAUGAGGAGGUGCCAAAACCUGUUCUCCACUACUUGUACACACAGCCAAUGGGUUUCUCUGUAAGACAAAACAAAUAUAUUUAAUCUUCUGGUUAUGUCAGUGCCCAUUUCUGCAAUUCUCACCUUGGCCCUUCUUCACCAUCCUAAUGACAGACAAGUGGUUUGCUCAAGGCUUGAGGGCCUCUGGGAACACUUCAGGCUGGGUGCUUUGGUAACUUCCACUUGUACAUGUGCAGACUUCUGCAUAGGUGCAAUUUUACUCUCUACACGUCUUAAAAGUAAUAUUCACAGGUGUUAGGAUUUGAUAUCGCUCCACUGGGACAGAGACUUUGCAGGUGCUCAUUCCAGCAUCCAUACAUCUCACUCAGAGGCCCUGGAUCUAAGGACUCAACCCCAAAGGAGAAUUGUCGCCAUGUCCAGCAGGAAACCUUGAAAACCCCUGUUCUAAAGCUUUAACUGUCCUCACGCCACCAGGCUCAGUGAAAAAUCUGGACUAGGCUUUCUGGAGUUUUAUCCUAAAACUGCAUGAAAAAGGUGGAAGACGUUUCCUCAAACCAUUAUUUAAGCAUUGUAAAACUGGCCUUCCAGUCACAGCAUUGGCACAUUUUACUUGGAAGUUAGUAAUUGGUCCUUGCAAAUGCUGAUAGGCUUUGUAUUGCUCUAAAUGAUGUCCCAGCUCUUUGGCAUGCAUCACAGUCGUAGGUCAACAAGUUAUAUCCGGCAGUCACAGGCAGGACAGCAUGUCAGGUGAAGGUGGUCCUCUCCUUCACCUCAUGACAUUUUGCUAUGUGUUCUGUCCCUUUGCAGGGGACAGAACAUUUCUGUGGAAAUGUGGAUGGGUUAAAAAAAAACUUUUCUGUGAUCCUUUCAUCAUGGCAUCCUUUUAAGUAAAGGUGCUCUGUUUUCUGAGGUUGGAGAGAUGAACCAACCAGUGACUCCUUGUCAAUGAGACAUUGGUUAAACGCCAGGUCAAAAUUAAGUCAAAGCCCAAACAGGUGAUUCUGUAAUAUCCUAGUCCUGGAUAAUCACCCCAGCUGGUGUUAGACCUAAUUGAAGUGUAUGCAUUUGGAGCUUCAUUGCAGAAAAAAACCCAGUCCAUGGAGAAGAGGAGCUCUAGAAGGUGAGUUGUCACACAAUCAGAUUCCAUUCAAAGGUACCUUUCUGGCUCUGCUGGACUGUCAACUUGGAUCUCCCAAGAGUGAACACAGCCUCGCAGGUAGUGCUGGGAUACCACUGGCAGUGGUUGCAGGCACCAGAUCCUGGAAGACCAAGAGCAGAGGUGCCUAAGACCAACAGUAAAAGCAGAGCACCCUGGAAAAGGUUUCAGUCCAGUGACUCUCAUAAAAUCCUUGGUUGUGCUGUAUGAAACACAGGGGGCAUCUGUGCUCGUAGUUUGUGCAGCUGGUCAUUGUGUUUAAUUAGAACAGCUAACAUGAAUUUUUUAAAUGCCAGUGCUGUUUGUACAGUUAAAUAAAAUGUU